UUGUUACUUACAAUGCCGACACGGAGUAAAUCGUGGCAAUUGCGUCACCGACAGGCACCCCACGUUUGUUUCAUUAAUAAAUUCAAGGGGAGGUGUUUUCAAAAAUGACACGUGGUGGAUACUCCUAAGCAUUAUUUUUUUAACACUGUAGAAUUUACAGUUGGAUUAAGAAGUCUUGUCUUUCGCAGCUCCAGUUCAGCGAUGCCCAAAUUCGCGGCUCGGCAGGAGGGAUGAUUUUUUAUCCUUCCUGGGAUUAAACCUUGCUUAUAUAAGAGUCAAUUUUGACUGCUCCAAAUCAUGUACAUUUCACUUUGCUUAUUAUUGAGCUUCUGUGCUUUAGAUCCCGGGAUUCGAACUUCUGAUGUGAUGGAGUUUACCUUAUGGAUUGGAAAGUAAGGGAGAAAGAAACAAGUUAGCGAUACUAAAGUUCUUUUGAUUAGCAAAUGUGCAAGUGUAGUGUUUAGCUCAAUGCGGCAGCAGCGCUGGUGGGAUUCGAACCGCGGACGCAGCAACAAUAGAAAAAUGGACAAAUCAGCAGGCAAGUUGACGUUCCGCACGAUUUUCUGUUUUGUGGUUAUGAUGGUGUUCGUGUUAUGGUGCCUGUUAUAUCUUGUUCAGUAUUCCAUGCUCAGCUUCAACGGAUCUGAGUUGACGGCGCCUCAAAUCGCCAUCAAUUUACCCAAAAAAACCAUAGAAACCCUAGCUAAAGUCGAAAGCCCUCCUCCGCCCCCGCCGAGGGCCUUUGUGAAGGCUCUGAAAACAGCUGAUAAUAAAAGCGAUCCUUGUGGGGGAAGGUAUGUUUAUGUGCAUGAUUUACCUGCUAGGUUUAAUGAAGAAAUGCUUAGAGAAUGCCGGCGGUUAAGCCUGUGGACUAACAUGUGCAAAUUCACUGCAAAUGCUGGGCUUGGUCCUCCAUUGGAGAAUACCGAAGGGGUUUUUUCCAACACCGGGUGGUACGCCACAAAUCAGUUUUCCAUGGACGUUAUUUUCCGCGAAAGGAUGAAGCAGUAUGAAUGCUUGACCAAUGAUUCGUCUCUGGCGGCCGCUGUCUAUGUUCCGUUCUAUGCGGGACUUGAUAUCUCGAGGCAUCUCUGGGGAUAUAAUAUUUCUGUCAGGGAUUCUGCUUCCCUGGCGCUCAUGGAUUGGCUGGUGAGUAGGCCGGAGUGGAAUGUCAUGAGAGGUCAUGAUCACUUUCUUGUGGGUGGCAGAAUUACUUGGGAUUUCAGGAGGCUGACUGAUCAGGAGACUGAUUGGGGUAAUAAGCUGCUGUUUUUGUCUGCUAUGAAGAACAUGACUAUGCUUGUGGUGGAGGCCAGUCCGUGGAAUAAGAAUGAUAUGGCUAUUCCUUAUCCAACUUACUUUCAUCCUGCUAGGGACUCUGAAAUUGUGGAUUGGCAGAAAAGAAUGCGAAGCAUGGAUCGGCCCUCUUUGUUUUCAUUUGCUGGUGCACCCAGGCCAGACAUUCCCACAUCCAUCCGAGGGCAGAUCAUGGAUCAGUGCAGGAAUUCGAAGGUGGGAAUGUUGCUGGAGUGUGAUCUCGGCGAGAGCAAGUGCCACUCUCCUAGUGCGAUCAUGAAAAUGUUCCAGGGGUCUGUGUUUUGCUUGCAGCCUCAGGGUGAUUCAUACACUCGUAGAUCGCUAUUCGAUUCCAUGUUGGCGGGUUGCAUUCCUGUUCUGUUUCAUCCAGGUUCAGCAUAUGCCCAAUAUUUCUGGCACCUCCCAAAGAAUUAUACUACAUAUUCGGUGUUCAUUGCUGAGAAUGACAUCCGGAAAAAUAAUGUUAGCAUAGAGGAAAUACUGCUCCAGAUCCCUCCAAAGCAGGUCAAGAGAAUGAGAGAAGAGGUGAUAAAACUAAUUCCCAAUUUAGUAUACGCUGAUCCCCGAUCCAAAUUACACGCUUUCAAGGAUGCCUUUGAUGUGACUGUGCAAUCAAUGGUUGAUAAGGUUACCAAACUUAGGAAGGAUUUAUUGGUAGGGGGUUUCAUUGAGGAUUACGAGGAAGAUAAGGGAUCAGAGCAACACACGAGAAAGUGGGAAGGACUUAGAAGGGAGGGUGAGCGGACGUGGGAUGAGUUCUUCUCUAAGCCAAAGGAUGAGGGAUCUGGGCAAUCCCAAGCAAGAUAGGGUAGGAGAUAAUAAUGGAAAGGCCCAGGCCAAGAAAAAAGUUGAAGCCUGUGGUGACAAGUAGAAUCAAUCUCAGGGUCAAAGACUUUUUGAAGGUUAAAUCUACUUGACUUUAUGGGCUAGCAGCAGGAGCUUGAGUUCAUUCUUUACACAAGGGAUGAUUCGCUGGCCUUCCAGAAGUCUGUCUCAGACUGAAGGUGACUCUUGCAGACCCAGCAACAUGUAUAUCAGACCUGCCAAUGAAAAGGAUGUGCGCUAACCUUCAAGAAGAUGAAUAUGCUUAAGGCUUAAUUUUAGGCAACCCAAAUUUUAUCAUUAUGAAAUAAAAUUUUAGAUGGUUCCAGAAUUGUGCAUCCUAACGAGGAGAAUCCAGUAUAAGUGGUGGCUGAUGCUGCCAUUUGGUUUUAUUGCUUGGCAGUUUUAAAAGGCCAUUGCCCAAGUGGUCUAUUUAGUUGUAUUUUUAUUAUCUUCAAAUGUAUUCUUAAUGCAUUAUGCAUAUGGCGAGUCAAUAAUGUUGGCCAUUUUCAAUUGUUGAGGCACUAGAUCUUCAAAAGAUAAGUGGAUUUGAGAGUUGUUGUCUUGCAGCAAAUAACAUAUUUGGACAGUUAUGUUUUUAGAGUUCUGUAGGUUGUAGGGCCAUUGAUAUGUCUUCUGUAAAGAAAUUGACCCAUUUGUGGUCCCAAUUCUAACUAAUUAUUCAUUAUUUAUUCAGAAAUCGGCAAUAUAAUUUCUAUUGGGUCUUCUCA